AAACAUUCUAGGUUAGCUUAACAAAAACAACAAGCAAACAAAACCUUAGGAUGGGAGUUAAGUCAUUACAAACUUAGCAGCAACCUAUACUCUCAAUACUCACUACAAAUAAGCCCCAUGAUUCUCCAUCUUCCUCAAACCAUUUCCACCUCAAGAAAUAAAUCAUCAGAGCCUCACACAUCAAACACAAGUAAUGGCCUCCACGGAUUCAGUUUACCGUCCCACACCAACUCCAGACCAUGACACUACUGUUGUAGUAGUUGUGUUUGUUUCUUUGGGUUGUGUCAUGUUCUUGGCGUUUCUAGCGUUUGUUAUCUGGUUCUUGAUCAAGAAGAGAUCCAGGAAGCACCGUGAGAGAUCUGAAGCGGUUCGCGUGGAUGAACACUUUAAGAUGAAGGAAGCUAUAGUCGAAGGACCUAAUGGACAAAAGUCUGUGGUGUUAUCAGUUGAGGAUGAUGUUAAGAUCGAAGACGCGAUCAAGAGAGAAGAGAAAGAUCUGAAGAAAGAUGGUGGAGUUGGAUCAUCAGUCGUUUCCCGUUCGUGAAUGAGCUUUCUUCAUUCAUAAUGUUACCUAUCUAUUUAUUUAUAUUAAAAUUGUGGUUGUGUGUGAAUCAUUUGUUUGGUGAAAUAAAAAAAAAGCAUCUGAAAUAUUUAUUUAAAUUCUUUGGACAAAGAUGGUUCUUCAAACUUGGGUUGGUGAAUGGUGAUGGUUUUUAUGUUCUAGGAGCGAACUUUUAUCUCUAUCUCUCUAAGAAAAGUAAUCUUUCAAAAAAAACUGUAGAG